AUGGAGGAGGAGUCGCCGCUGCCCAAGAAGGAGCCCCUGGAGAUGCUGGCCAAGGCUGUGUGGCCUGAGGACGAGUACAUUGUGGAAUAUUCACUCGAGACGGGCGUUCUGCGGCUGUCCCCCGCUACGCGCCAAGAGACUCACAUCCCUGUGCAAAGAUCGUCACCCUCCACAACGACCAUGAAGGAUGCUUGCUUUGGCGACACGCUCUCACGAUUCAUCCUGGACGAGUUCCUUGGCUACGACGACAUCCUCAUGGGGUCCAUCAAGAGCCUGGCGGAGAAGGAAGAGAACAAGGGAUAUCUGAGGAACGUGGUCACGGGAGAGCACUACCGCUUCGUCAGCAUGUGGAUGGGGGGCAGCAACUACCUCGCUGCGGCCUUCGUCAUGGUGGUCUUCACCCUGAGCGUGUCAAUGCUUAGCGUUACUUCCCACCAGAUCUUCCUCUUCAUCGUUGUUGACCUGCUGCAGAUGCUGGAGCUCAACGUGGCCAUCACCUUCCCUGCCGCCCCCAUGCUUACCGUCAUCCUCGCGCUUGUCGGCAUGGAGGCCAUCAUGUCGGAGUUCUUCAACGACACUUCGACUGCCUUCUACAUCAUCGUGCUUGUGUGGGUGUGCGACCAGUAUGAGGCCAUCUGCUGCCACACACCCAUCACCAGGAGGCACUGGCUGCGCUUCUUCUACUUGUAUCAUUUCGCCUUCUACGCCUACCAUUAUCGCUUCAAUGGACAAUAUUCUUGGCUGGCGCUUAUGACUUCGUGGCUCUUCAUACUGCACUCCAUGCUCUACUUCUUCCACCACUACGAGCUGCCGGCCAUCCUGCAGCACGCGCAGAUCCAGCAGCUGGGGCGCGUGCACACCGUCAACAUCGUGCUGCGCAACGUCCUCACCAACAACAACAACAACAACAACGCUGCGGGCGCCAACAACCCCGGCGACGGCGGAGGCGGGGAGAACGCCGCCGGCGCCGCCACCCGCGACGCCGGCGGCCAGGCGCGGCCCGGCGCGGCCGCUGCCAACCGGGGCGCGCGGAACGAGGGCGCCGCCGCCCGCCCCAACGCCUCGCCGGUCGUCAACCUGGUGUUCCGCAACAUCACGGGCGCCGUCGCCAACAGGAACGGCAACCCGCCCUUCAGCUUCGUCUUCAGGAACGUCAGGAACAUCGUACAGAACCUGCACCAGAACACGGCAGCGGCGACGGCGGCGGCUACGGCGGCGGCGGAGACGAGCGCAUCGACGACGACCACGACCGCCACGCCCUCCUCCUCUCCCUCCUCCUCCGCCGCUGGCGCGUCCACGAGCACCUCCACGUCGGGGGCGGCUCCCCGCGCCGCCGCCGCCCCCUCGCCGGGCACGGGCGGCCUGGGCGGCGCCCCGAGAGUCACAUUCCAGGUGACGACGUCGGGCGGCACCUCCGCCGUGAACGCCUUCUCCCUGUCGUCGCUGCUGUUCCGCAACGCCAGCGCCGCCGCCGCCGCGACCGCGCCCAGCGGCCCCGCGGCUGCCCCGGCCAGCCCCCCGUCCGGCGCCGCGGCGGAGGCCCCGGCGGCGGGCGCGUCUUCGAGGGGCGCCGACGUCAGCAGCGAGCAUAAGGAUGGCGCGCGCCGAAGCCGCGUACAGCCCAGUGCUGGUGGAGGGCGCGGGCGGCGGGGCCGCGGCGGUCCCGACAGCGGCGGGGCGACGAAGGCGGCGGCGACGGGCGUCGCGUACGACCCCGCAGAGGCGGCCGCCCCCGCCGUCAGACUCGCAGGAGCGCAUUGUGAUAGCCCCGCGGGGGGCGUCCCCCCGACGGAGUCCCUAUAG